AGUAAUGUAGACUCAAAAAACAUUAGAAAUAGAUUAAUAAUAUUUAGCAAUUAUUUAUAGUUGACGUAAGAUCAUCUGUCAUUGUUAUUUACCCUUAAUUAUUUCUGUAGUUUUCCAUUACGGUAUGACUUUGUUGUAGAAUAGCAGCCAUAGUCGCUCAUAUGCUUUAUCAACGAUAAACUUUCAAGUUUGUUUUCCUUUUACUGCAGUUAAUUGUACACCCCCUGAUAAAUGAGACAGACGUAUACAGUUUUUGUACGAGAAAAUGUAUUUAGGCUUAUAAUUUUCAGCGUUUUUAAAGUUUUGAUUGACAAAUGUCAGUUUUGUGAUUUUGAUAUUUUAAAGUGACAAAUUAAAAGAAUACGAACAAUGACUAGCAAUUUUCUGGUUGUUUGCAUCACCGACCAAAAAUAACGGUAAUAAAUUUGAUAAAGCAUUUCGAAACAGAAAAGAAACAAUGCUGGUAAAGGCAUUGAGAUAUUUAUUUAUGAGAUAACAGAAUAACGACAGAAAUUCUUUAUAGUUCCUGUGUUUUGAUUUGAUUCUUAAAAUUAGUAACAUUCAAACGCGCAUAUUACAUCGACUGUAUCUUAGUGGUAUUCUUAUUGGUACCUUGCAAUGAAUGAAUUUACACUAAACCGUAAGAAGUCAAUGCUAUGGUUUCAGGUAAACGAAUAACGUUGCUUGUUGGCUACAAAAUAUGUCAAAGGUUUAAUAUGAAGCACUGAAAUUUCCAAUAUCAACGAGAGGAAGCGGCAACCGGAUCCGUUACUAGGUGACGCCGACUGGAAAGAGACAAAGGCAUAUUGCAAAACAUUAUUAAAGUUCCAACGCUCCAGGAAUAGGCUCUGAUUGAUUGACAUCAUCCUCUUUGAAUGAGACAUGAAAAACUCCUUACAAUUCGCAAUAAAAUAGGGGUAAAAGAUAUGUGCGGCGAAGAUUUAAAGAGGCACCCUGGCGAAAUGAAAGUGAUAGAGCAACCUCGUCUCAGCAGCCUGUGUGACACGGGAUUGCCACCGCUGAACAAUUCGUUGGUGAAUGCUUCCUCAAACGAUGAUAAGCCGACGAAGCAAAAAAGGCACAGGACCAGGUUCACGCCAGCUCAACUAAAUGAACUUGAAAGAUGCUUCUCUAAAACGCAUUAUCCUGAUAUUUUCAUGCGCGAAGAAAUUGCAAUGAGAAUUGGCCUUACCGAAUCUCGAGUACAGGUAUGGUUUCAAAAUAGACGAGCAAAAUGGAAGAAAAGGAAGAAGACCACGAACGUUUUCCGUACACCAGGUGCCCUUCUACCAUCCCAUGGUCUACCGCCUUUCGGGGCGAUGGGAGAUGGAAUUUGUGGAUCAAGUAUGUUUAGUACGUCCGAUACGAGAUGGGGUGUUGCUGGUAUGGCAACAGGGUUAAGCCAACUUAGUCAAGGCGGAGUAUCAAUGGGGGGAUUUGGUCAGUCUUUAGGGCAGCUGAAUCAAAGUACAGGUUUAGGAUCUGCGUUACCGAUAACUACGGCUGCAGCCAGCACGGUUUAUCAAGCGCAUUACGGACUGAAUUCAUUAGGUGACACGAUGAUGAAUUAUUGCACCAACAACUCCUCGAACGCGACGGUGAACGGGGGCGGUGGCUCGGGCGGCAGUUCGUCCCCUCAGAACAACAACCCCUGUUCGAGCGCGACGACGCCUCCCGUGGCAUCGGCGUCGGGCGCGUCUCCAAGCGACGCCGACGACGACCUCUGGCGGGGGCACAGUAUCGCCGCGUUACGACGUCGAGCGUCCGAACUCAACGCCGCCAUCCCAUCCUACCUGCAGAUAAACUACGACACACACAAUAACGCCUCCGUGUAUUAGAUAAUAAUAAAAUUAUUAUUAUGUUGAUAUUAAAUACAUAGCUAAUGAUACCUACGUAAGACGCAUAAGGUAAUUAAUAGUGUUGAGAUAAAUCCAACCCUUUUACAGGGUGACUCUAAAUACACAUCCAAUGGUUUAUAUUGUUUAUUUAUAAUCUUGAAUCGUUCUAUGCGUAUUUAUAUUAUAAAAGAUUUAAUGAUGAAUAUCAAAAUGUAAUUUAAUUAACAAGAUUAAGACUAAUACAGGAAAAUAUUACGAAACUUAUCAAUCAAUAAAAUAACUUAGAUUAAUAGAGCUAUUAAGGAUGUUUGGGAGGUACAAUCGGAGACAAGAGUACAUAAAA